GGCAGCCGUGGCGGGAGAAACGCUUCCGGUGGCGGAGGAGGCGGCGCCCAGCAGGUCCUGCAAGCGGCGCGAGUGGUGGCCCGCCAGGAGCGGUGAGUCGCGAGCGAUCGGCCUGAAUGCAGUGAGUGGGAGACGCGCCGGGAGCCUGGCGAAGGGACACGAGCUGGAUCGGGGGCGCGCGCCUGCGGAGUGGUUGCAGGGAGACCCCCGGGCUGAGAGUCCAGGACAAUGUCUGGAGAACUUCCACCAAACAUUAACAUCAAGGAGCCUCGAUGGGAUCAAAGCACUUUUGUUGGACGAGCCAAUCAUUUCUUCACCGUAACUGAUCCCAGGAAUAUUCUGUUGACCAACGAACAACUAGAGAAUGCGAGAAAAGUCGUGCAUGAUUACAGGCAAGGAAUUGUUCCUCCGGGUCUCACAGAAAAUGAAUUAUGGAGAGCAAAGUACAUCUAUGAUUCAGCUUUUCAUCCUGACACUGGUGAAAAGAUGAUCUUGAUAGGAAGAAUGUCAGCUCAGGUUCCAAUGAACAUGACCAUCACAGGUUGUAUGAUGACUUUUUACAGGACCACGCCGGCAGUGCUGUUCUGGCAGUGGAUCAACCAGUCCUUCAAUGCGGUGGUCAAUUACACCAACAGAAGUGGAGACGCCCCCCUCACUGUAAACGAACUGGGAACAGCCUAUGUUUCUGCAACAACAGGUGCUGUAGCAACAGCUCUAGGACUCAAUGCACUAACCAAGCAUGUCUCUCCACUCAUAGGACGUUUUGUUCCCUUCGCCGCAGUGGCUGCUGCUAAUUGCAUUAAUAUUCCAUUGAUGAGGCAAAGGGAACUCAGAGCUGGCAUCCCCAUCACAGAUGAGAAUGGGAACCGUCUGGGCGAGUCGGCAAACGCUGCCAAACAAGCCAUCACUCAAGUGGUCAUCUCCAGGAUCCUCAUGGCAGCCCCUGGCAUGGCCAUCCCUCCAUUUAUCAUGAACACGUUGGAAAAGAAAGCCUUUCUCAAGAGGUUCCCGUGGAUGAGCGCACCUAUUCAAGUUGGAUUAGUUGGUUUCUGUUUGGUAUUUGCUACACCUUUGUGCUGUGCUCUGUUUCCUCAGAAAAGUUCCAUGUCUGUGACAAGCUUGGAGGCCGAGCUGCAAGCCAAGAUCCGAGAGACCUCUCCUGAACUACGGCGUGUGUACUUUAACAAGGGAUUAUAAAGCCCGGGGGGUUGGGGGGGACCAUCUUUGGCUGAUCCUGCCCCCUGCAAGCUGGGUGUAGCCCAGAUGGGUGAGGAACAUCCUGUUUGCCCUGGGUUCUCCCGGUGACAGAGCCCUUUUCAAGAUCCACAUUAGCCUCUUAGAGUCACCCUGCUGCUUACAGCACAGCACCUGGGGUGGGGCAGGUGUCCCCCACCUGUUGGCCCCCUUACAUUUGAAUCAUGGGAUAAUUUACAGAAAUACCCUUCCUAUAGCUUUUAUAGUCAUUGUUUUUUCAAAGACAGUAUCCCUCACCCAGAGUUUUCAAAAGCACUGGUAGGUGUAGAAUAAAUGUCCAGUCUAUGCCCCACAAAUAUUGAUUAUCAGUCAGUGAAAAGGAAAUCUGGGUAAAAUACUGAAUUUUUAUCCCCCUCUUAUUUCAAAUCAUGGAGAUCUCAGUAAUGAGUUGGGGAAACACAAAAGCUCUGAGGUGUCACUGUGAAGUGACUCAUAAAUAAGAAGAGCAGUUUGCUUCCAGGUUGGGCAGGGGGCAACCCCUCCCCCCAAAAAAUGAUGAGUUUUUUUUGGAUUUUCGGAUACAAGCCCCUUCAUACACCUCCUGAAAGUCAUAGUAACAGACAGUCAUGACGCAAGAUCCCUGCAGUCAACAGCUGGCUGCUUUCGUAGUGCUGGCAGAUUUCUUUGGUUGACUUUUAAACGUAUUCUGUUUCAGAUUCUUAGGAAGAUAUUGAUCUGACCUUACACUUGUCUUUUUCUUCACUUAUUGAAAUCAACUAAUCAAAUAACUGCCAUGUACAGAUGUCCAGGUUUGGGAAGUAUAUUCAAAGCCACUGCUGUAUGGCUGGGUUCAGCCCAGCUUGUUUGAUUUUUUAUUUUUUUAUUUUUUUCCUUUGGAAGUGAGAGUACAGUUCCAUCUACCUACAUGUUUCUUCUUGUCAUCCCGAUAGCUCUCCUUGGCUUUCAGAGAGCUACAGGAACACUGUGUAUGUGAAUCCCUCACUCAAUGAAUUUGGCUUGAAUGCUGUAUCUGACAUUCCACCCUCUUUGAAAAUAAUGAACCCACGCCUCAUUGUUUACAUCGUCUGUAGUAGUUGCACAUAUAAUAUAUUUAAUGGAACAGAGGUUGUGUUUUAAUUCUAUAAAGACUCAAAGGCAGAUAUAAGGGUGGUUAUUCCAUUGAGUGGAGACCACGCAAUUCAAUAUUGUGACUACUUCUAAGUGAAAAUCAUGUAGAAACUAGUUUGGGCAGAUUUUUCUUGACAAUGUGACCAGACUGAAUUUCCUCAUAAAGAAAAAAAUGUG